AUGCCCACCCCCAUCCCUCCCCUCCUUAAGGAAUUGCCUGGAUACUCCCCCUCUCCACAAUACCCCUCACCAAUGACCACCCACAUCCCUCCCCUCCUUAAGGAAUUGCCUGGAUACUCCCCCUCCCCACAAUACCCCUCACCAGUGACCACCCCCACCCCUCCCCUCCUGAAAGAAUUGCCUGGAUACUCCCCCUCUCCACAAUACCCCUCACCAAUGACCACCCCCAUCCCUCCCCUCCUGAAGGAAUUGCCUGGAUACUCCCCCUCUCCACAAUACCCCUCACCAAUGACCACCCCCAUCCCUCCCCUCCUUAAGGAAUUGUCUGGAUACUCCCCCUCCCCACAAUACCCCUCACCAAUGACCACCACCAUCCCUCCCCUGCGUAAGGAAUUGCCUGGAUACUCCCUCUCCCCACAAUACCCCUCACCAAUGACCACCACCAUCCCUCCCCUCCUUAAGGAAUUGCCUGGAUACUCCCACUCCCCACAAUACCCCUCACCAAUGACCACCCACAUCCUCUCCCUUCCUUAUGGAAUUGCCUGGAUACUCCCCCUCUCCACAAUACCCCUCACCAAUGACCACCCACGUCCUCUCCCCUCCUUAAGGAAUUGCCUGGAUACUCCCCCUCCCCACAAUACCCCUCACCAAUGA